UCUCAAAUUCUGACUCAGUGUUUGGAUCGUCAAAUUCUGGUCAAUUGAAUUUGUUGCAAUAAUUUGCCCUUUUGUUCCUUUGAUCAUGUCUUCAUCUACGUCGACCAAUAGCGGUGGUAAUAAUCUUGGUCGAUCUGCUGAAACAAGCACGACUACCGAAACCUAUCAUUCGAGUCUAGGACAAGUGAAUAUUACAUCGUUUGAUUCGAUGCAAGAGAUAGCCAUCCAUGAUUCAAAUUCAUCACCAGGACAACAAUCGAUAGCUUCCGCCCGACAUCAUCAUCAUCAUCAUCGACCUGCUACAUUACCAUUGACACCGCCAUUAUCCGGUUCAAAUGAUAUGAUUCAAUCGUCGGCUAUCAUAACAGCAGCCAAUUCAUGUGGUUCGAACAAACAUACUCCAAUGGAUGCCUUGAAAGAAUGGUCAAUGUCCACCUAUAAAUGUACAAAACAAUUGAUCAAUGAAAAACUUGGAAAAUGCUCACGAACGGUCGAUGCCGAUCUUGAAAUCGAGAUCGAAAAAUUACGUGAAACUCAACAUAAAUAUGAAAAUAUAUUGAAAUUGUCACGUGACAUGUCCAACCAAUAUCAGACUAUCAUUGCCACACAGAAUUCCAUGUAUGAACAUCUGAAUGAAUUGGCCUUAAGAGAAACCAAAUCACCCACCAUUAUGAAUGACGAUAGUGAACGAAGUUUGAUGAAUAAUCUUAGCCAUGAUUUUAAACAGAAUGCCGAAAUGAUGAAAAGCAUAGCCAGAAAUGGCGAUAAAUUGCUCAUGGCAUUACGAUUUUUCAUAUCGAAUCUUACCACUUUAGUGUACAAGACAAUUGAAGAUACUAUUGUUACAAUCAGAGCAUUUGAAGCGGCCCGACUUGAAUACGAUGCCGAACGUAAUUGUCUAAAUGGACUUAUGUGUACAUCACAUGCAUCUGCUGGAUCAUCGGGCACCACCACCGCCACCACCACGACUUCAACGACUACUAAUUUAAGUUCGGAAAAAAUGCAUCAGGUUCGAGCCAGAUAUGAAAGGCUCAAAGAAGAUGUAGCAAUCAAAAUGAAAUUCUUGGAUGAAAACAAAGCCAAAGUAAUGCAUAAACAAUUGGUUCUGUUUCAUAAUGCAUUCGCUGCAUUUGCAUCGGGCAAUGCAGCUGCUUUGGAUUCAACACUUAAACAAUUCAGCAUUAGACCACAGCCUAGUUCAUUUCUGGAAAAAUGACCAUUGGCUAUCGACCGUUUUUUCACCAGUAUCCGAUUCAUCUAGUCAACCAUGAAUGGAUCUUUGUGAUACAUUGUAUUUGUAUUGGCCAUUGAUUAUUGGGCUUUGCUUUUAAUCGACCAACCAGCUAAUCAUCAUCAUCAUCAUCGGUAUUAUUAUCAUUCAUUGCCACCACAAUAAUUUUCAUUCCAUGCAUGUGUUUGUGUGUAUCAUGUAUCUGUAUGUGUGGGCCAACAACAACACUUUCUUUGUACAAAACAUACAUUUAUAGUCACAUCUUAUAUAAUCGACCCGGUUCACAAUUAAUUAAUUAUUAAUCAAUAUAUUUAAAUACUUUAAAUUUUGAAAAAAUAAAAUUGCAAUUUAUCAUUU